AUGUCAAAUAUUUGCUCAUUUUGGGAGAUUAAUCCCUUGACUAGUAGAGUACGGGUGAGGGCUCCGAAAACGAAGGCAGAACCGUAUCCAGAUUAUGAUACCGAGGAAGAGGGGACAGCCAGGCUGGUUGCGGGACUAUGCAACAGAACCAUUCCUAUCGGCAAUGGAAAGAAAGUGGCAAGAAAAAGAAAAGGAAGAGACCCAGAGGAAGAAGAAAGAGGCAGCUCUGAUGAAGGCGAAAUCACGCAACGCAAGAAACUCAAAACCGGCAGCGAAUUUGUCGACAACUACGACGACGAAGUUGCAAACUACAGAGACGUCGAAGUCGCCUCGGAUGACGAAUAUGAAAACAACGAAGACAACGACAGUGACGAUGCCGAAAGUGCCAACGACGACGCAGCUCAAUACAACCGACGAUCGACAAAUAGUAGAAAAAGGCGGAGGGACACUCGAUCAGUGGACAAGUACACUAAUAGGGGCAAGAAAUCCGCAAACGAACGAGCUAAAAUUUCCAAAAGAGCUAAUCGUUACCAGAUUUCCCCGGCAAACGAACACGAAUCCGAAUUUAGUGAACAGCCGGAUGAUGGUGAACCGUUUACCGAUGAGGGAUCAACAGCCGAUUCUUAUGACCAACAGCUCGCCGAGCCUAGCAAACAAAAUACAAGAAAUCGAAAGCGCAUCCGAGAACAGUCCGUCAUUGUCGAGAACCCGGCGCACAAAUUUAAACGACGACGCGAGGGCUUUCAGGGCCCCGUUGGAAGCGUCAUUACCGUACCUAAACCCAAGCCAAAGCCAGCCCCUGUCACAGCUAAACGAACUAAACGGGGCCGAAAACGGCGUCGAAAUAGAGACGUAUCUCGGAGCCCCUCGCCCGGCGCUCAAUCCGCAAGCGCAGACAGCGACUCCCCAGUCAUCGAUACCGCAACAAACUUCUGGUCAAGAUAUUAA